AUGUACUCGGGCUACCUUUACUCAGACCCAAACCUACAAAGCUCCCCGUUCCAGGGCUACGUCCUGCUGCCGGUCGCCCAUCUACAACACGGCCUUCCUUAUCCGCCUGACAGCCCUUACUACCUGCUGAUGCUUCCAGCGAAUUUGCUUCAGACACCCCCUUAUAUCGGUCGCCUGUCCUACUUCCCGUCCCAGCCUCAGCUGCCUCAGGGCCAGCACGCCUUCCACCAGCGCAAUAUGCAACUGCUGCUGCUGCCUAUCGUGCCGUAUUUGACCCACCCACACGCUAAGCUGGGCUUGGACCACCUCAAUCUUUCUCGCACGGUGAUCCUCAAAAACCUUAGCGCCGACCUCUCGCUCAACGAGCUAUUGUCCGAGAUUGACCACGGUCCUAUCGAGUACUGUAAGAUGUUUGUGUCGACGCCUCCUGCUCACAUCAAAGACGUGGAGGAGGUCAAGACUUGCUACAUCUCCUUCGUCAACACCAAGGUCUCUGUGGCUUUCUUCCACAAGUACACGAAAAGCACCCAAAACUUGCGCUCCCUCAAGGAACGUCUCAAGGGCUCCAAGCACAUGAAGCUUCUGCUCAACGAGCCUUGCUCUUCCAUGUCCCUCAACGCGCAGCCCCCGGUGGGUCUGAACAAUCUUUCAAAGCAGGAUUUCAUCAAGCUCAAGACACUCAACUACAUUUUGGAGUACAACGCUACACGAUGCAUUACCAUUAAGUUCGAAACUGCAUCGCCUGAUCUUUUUGUCCCUACCAAAGAGAAGUUCCGCGCCCAGUGCGCUAAGUUUGGCGUUAUUGAAGAUUUCAAGUCGUCCACAAGCGAACCAAACCUUACUGUCAAGCUUCUUGUCCACUUUACGUCUAUUGAUGCUGCCAUCAAGGUCUACGAAUAUUACUCCAAGCAGGUACGCCGUGACCAUGCUCGCGAACUUGAUCUUGGUGGUUCCGAAAAGAUGGCUACAAAGUGCUUACUCGUCAAAUUCCACCGUGACCGUUGCGACCGCACAGAACUACAACCAUCACCUCACUCGCUGACAUCGCAUUUCCCCAGGCCCCCAACAAACGGCUCGCAAGCGUCUUUGUCGUCCUCUCCUAAGGUCGGUAAGCGUCCCCUCAAUAGCAUGAUCCAAAACAUCCCCGAGCAUGAAGAGUCGCCCGCAGAGGGAUUCACUGAUAUUGAUAACCCAGCUGUGGUGAGUCCUCUAUCAAGCCCUCAGCACUCAUCGGAUAACAUGGUCCCUGUCUUGACAACUGAGACUGAGCUCAGCAAGGAUGAACCCAACUUGGGCUCUGUUGUUGAGGGAGUUAUCGUCGGUAAAGAUGAUAGUGCCUCAUUAGAAAGUGUCAGCGCGGUGGAUAGUCAUACCCCAUCUCCAGCAGGAGUACCUCUACUGCCUAGUCACCUCAACGGGAAACAUCACUACCCAUACGCUCCUGACAUUUCUGAUACGCUGAUGCAACUGGCUCACCCCAUGUAUCCCCCACACAUGCCGCCAAACUCUCUUCCUGUGAAUCACGUUCACUCUUAUCAAUAUAACCCAGAUCCAUUCAAUGUGGGCAACAGAACGAUAUUCUUGGGUAACUUGCACCCAUAUACUCAGAUUGAAGAGAUUGCUAACAACGUUAGGGCAGGUGGUCUCGUGGAAAGCAUCAACUUCAUCAAAGCUAAGCGAAUGUGUUUCAUAACGUUUGUUGAUCCCGCUGUCGCUCUCAAAUUCUACCUUAAUCACCAAGUGUUACACCAAUUGAUCAUCCAUGGCAACGAUGUCAAAGUUAGUUGGGGCAAGAAUCAUUCUGGUCCCGUAAGCAGAGAUAUUUCUUUGGCUGUUACAGCGGGCGCUUCUCGUAACGUCUACAUUGGUGUGAAGGGCGCAAAGAGCGGAUCUGAUGAGCUGCUUCAACUUCCUGAUGAGCAGACAUUGCGCCAAGAUUUCUCGAAGUUUGGUGACUUGGAGCAAAUUAACUUCUACCACAACAAGGACUGUGGUUUCAUCAACUUCACAAAUAUAACGAAUGCGAUUCGUCUCGUCGAGUUGAUGGAAACGCAUAAUGUAACCAAGAUCAAGGCAAUCGUUGGGGACAAUGGGGAAUUCUACGGAAAGUACAAGAAUUUCAAGAUCAGUUUUGGUAAAGACAGAUGCGGUAAUCCACCAAAAUUCAGCUUCAAGAAAAAGAAUUCUAGCUUCGAGUACUUCAACCCAAGUGAAUUCGAUCUUUCAAGAGCAGAUAAUGGACAAGAGAAGGAAUCACGCGAUGAAAGUCCAUUGAAACCGAAGGAGAAACCAUCGGUUGAAGAAGACUCAUUGAUCACUGAGGAGGCAGCAAUGGUUUUUGGUAUUAGCACAUCUCCUCCAAGAAAGUCUGCAACCUCUGUGGAUUCUGACGACGAACCAGAGGGUCUCGCCAAAGACGCUGUGGCAUCCCUGCCAGAACCUGCAGCGAGCAAUGGCGUAAAUGGAGGCUUUAAGUCUGAGACAAAGCCCAAUGGCGCCAACGAAAAAGACAAUAAUGGUGUGGCGGAUGCAAAUGAAGAAGACGAUGACGAAGAUGACGAUGACAUAUCGAUCAUCAUUGGAUCGGAUGUGACGACAUCUUCCAACAAAAACAUCACACCUCCCAAGCAAAGGCGCUUUAGCAAAUCGGGCUAUCGCGACCACAGUGAUGCUUACUCGCAACAGCAUUGGUAUGCAUCUAAAAACUCCUCGACCUUGUCCCUCAAUUCCAACCACAGAAAUUACCUGGGUUACCACCCUCCAGCAUUCAGCCCUAUGCCUCAACCAAUGUACAUGGGCCCAUAUCAUCCACCAUCCAUUCCAGGCUCCUCGAGGUCGAACAGCUUUUAUGGUGGCUCCAUGAAUGGCUCGAUGCCGCAGCUUGUUCAUCACAAUUCGUACUCUGGAAGUACGAUGCCUCCGGCUAAUCGCAGCCAUUCCUCAUUUUCGGGCUCCCAAGUUAUGGCUCAGUACUUGGCGAAGUCGCAACAUGACAAUUUUAUUUACGCAACAAGCAUCUUAGCUAAUGAUGUUACACCUGAAGAAAUGAGAGAGUAUCUGUCGAAGCGGGCACAAAAAAAGGGUGCUCGCAAAAAUGAAACUGAGAACAAAAACGUUGACAAUUAG